AUGUGGGACAAAGCUUGCAGUUUGAGUAACUCCAAAAGAACGGCUAGCUGCAGAGGGUGUCAGGCAGAUGUCCCUGUUCUCUGCCCCAUCAGCAGGAGAUGUUCUGGAAUAAGAGAUGAAAUGUCAGUAAAUGGUAGUCUUCAGCUGAUCACCCUGCAGCUAAAAGAGCAGGCACCAGUGGAGGUGCAGAAUGGAGAAGAUCAGAAAGAAAUCUACCUAUGUGCAAUGCUGGUUGCCAUUAUGCAAGAAAGAGACAGAAGCACAAAAACCAGAACCUUUUUGAUUGAACUGAGAAAUCAAUGUGAGAAGCUAAUUCAUAUCUUCAAAACUCCCAUGAGUACUGCCAAAGCUGUUCCAGCAAAACCCUUACUGAAUCACAUGUUUGAGGACUUUGAUGAAGAGCAGGAGAAAGUGCAUUCAAAACAGACACCUGGGUACAUUGUUUUCCGACGCUCCCAGCGCUCCCAGCGCUCCUUAUGUGUGGAUACAAGUCUAGAUGUUUACAAGGCUAUUAUGGAGCUGAAUUUCUUGGGUACAAUCUCCUUAACAAAACACAUUCUGCCACAUUUUUUGGAAAUGAAGAAGGGCCUUAUUGUUACCAUUAAUAGUGUAUCAGGAAUGGCAGGAGUUCCAUUAUCUAGUGGCUACUCUGCUAGCAAGCAUGCACUGCAGGGGUUUUUCAAUUCCCUGAGGACAGAGCUCGCUGAUACUCCAAACAUAAUCAUUAGUAAUGUGUUACCUGGUCCUGUUCAGUCUGACAUAGUUAAAAAUGCUUUUACUGAAGAAUUAGGAAAGAGGGUGCCAGUUAUGACUGAUCAGUCACACAAGAUGUCCACUCAGCGCUGUAUUCAUCUUAUUCUGGUGGCAAUGGCCAACAAUUUGGAGGAGGUGUGGAUAGCAGACCAGCCUUUUUUAGCCGUUCAGUACCUCUGGCAGUAUGCUCCCACUUGGGCAUGGUGGAUCACAAGUAAACUGGGAAAGCGCAGGGUUGAAAACUUCAAACGCGGGCUGGAUGCUGAUGCUGCUUAUUUUACAAAGGCAAAAUAGAAGACCUGUAAAUCCAAACUCCAAAUGUAUUUUCUACUCAACUAAUUCCUUGUUCAUUUUUCAUAUUCUGGAAAAUACUGGGUGAAUUUUGAGAUGCUGUUUCAUGGUUAUUAAA